UGGCCCAUCCCAGAGGACACAGAAAGCAGGGGAGCUCCUCUGCCCUGCAAUGCCGAGGAGCUGGCCUGCCAGGGAGCCGCCCUCCUCACCCCCUCAGCCAGAGAUCCAGCCCAGAGUCCCAAAUCUGCCUCCCCAGUCACCCAGCUCUUGUCCUCAGGGCCAAUCCGAGGCGGACCUGUCCCUACUGGAGGGCCCUGGAGUCCCCGGCGGCAGCAGCCCCACGGCGUCUGGCAAACCCAACGGGCUGCAGCACCCCGGCUCCUGCACACCAUCCGAGCUGCCUCUGUCCACACCUGGGCAGCCUGUGCCUGCGUUCUGGAAGCCGUUUGACAUGCAAAGGCCAGACAUUAGACUUCUGCUAACUCCCGGGUGGGGGAGGGUAGGAAGGGAUGUGUGGUGGUAUGUGUGUGUGUGUGAUGUGUGUGCACAUAGGUGUACAUAUGCAUCUGUGUGCACAGGCUUGUGGAUCUGUUCUGUGGCCUUCUCUCUCCUCUUUCAGUCCCUGGACCGUUGGGGAUGGACACCUUCUCUUUCCCCAUCUCUUCCCCAUCCAGCCCCUCCCUUCCCUGGGUACCUGCAACUCUUCAAUACGGGAAACCGGUUCCUGCCAGCCCGUCCAUCUCUCAGCCUUGGCAGCGGCUGCCACCCCUCAGCCCCCUCCCCUGCCUACCUCAGGAAUCACCCUGGUUCCCGUAAGGCCCAUGACUGAGCAGCAGUUGGUUGGGGGAAGGGAGAAUCCAGUAAAGCCAGACAGCAUAUAACCGGCUCACUCAGCUCAGCCGCCGGCAGGGCACAGACUCUCCCAGGUGGGACCCAGAGCUGGGCCUAGGCACCCUCACACCCCUCUGAUGUGCCCACCCUGUUGGCGCCUGGGGAAGGCCCAGGUUUGGGAGCUGUGUCUUUAAGGCGGAGACAUCAGCAGGCAACCCCCUGGCCAAAUGUCCAGGGGAGGGGGAGGGGAAAUGGCCAGUCCAUUAGCGCAGAGCUGGCGCCAGGCAGCAGCCCUCCACAGGGCCCUGGGGAUUACAGAGAUCAGCCCUUCCCCACCCCCUCAGCUGCCUCUGCCCUCCUGGCCCCCAUUUCUCCCUGGGCGUGGUGAGGGAGUGGGCAGCUGACAGCAGGUGAAAGCAGAGCCUAGCCUUCAGCGACAAGUGGAGGCACAGGCUCUGGGGCCUAAAGCAGGCCACCUCUCCAUCCAUCUGGGCCACCUCCUUCCUACUUACGUGCCAGAAGCCUGCCCUUUAACCUCCAGUCCUCCUACCCCCCAAUUUUUACCCAGCUUUCUUAGGCAGGGACCCCAGCUCCUCUCAGGCCCUUGCACCCUAGGCUCAGCUCUGGACGCUUUGCUGGAAGGCGCCGACCCCCAACACCUGCCCGCCUGUGGUCGCCAUCCCUGCUUUCUUCCCAGCCAGCAACAGGGGGAAUCAAGUAGGCAGGGCGCCAGCAACCAGGGAGGGAGGGUGCGGCGCUCCUGCUGCUCCGCAGGGGUGGGGCGUCCCCCUCCCCACAUAGCCCCGCAUCAGGCCAGUGGGAGGAGCUGCCCGUGCCCCCCCGAGCCCGCAGGGCUAGCUAUAAAGCCGCCUCGCAGCGGUCUGCGGCUCCUUCCCAGCUCCCGGACCAGCUCUGCCAUCCUCCGCCAACUGCCCAUCCUCGGCCGCCAUGAGCCACCCGUCGGGCCUCCGGGCCGGCGUCAGUUCCACCUCAUACCGCCGCACCUUCGGGCCACCGCCCUCACUGUCCCCUGGGGCCUUCUCCUACUCGUCCAGCUCCCGCUUCUCGAGCAGCCGCCUGCUGGGCUCCGCAUCCCCCGGCUCCUCCGUGCGCUUGGGCAGCUUCCGCGGUCCCAGGGCGGGCGCGGGCACCCUCCUGCGCCUGCCCUCGGAGCGCCUCGACUUCUCCAUGGCCGAGGCCCUCAACCAGGAGUUCCUGGCCACGCGCAGCAACGAGAAGCAGGAGCUGCAGGAGCUCAACGACCGCUUCGCCAACUUCAUUGAGAAGGUGCGCUUCCUGGAGCAGCAGAACGCGGCCUUGCGCGGGGAGCUGAGCCAGGUCCGGGGCCAGGAGCCGGCGCGCGCCGACCAGCUGUGCCAGCAGGAGCUGCGCGAGCUGCGCAGGGAGCUAGAGCUGCUGGGCCGCGAGCGCGACCGGGUGCAGGUGGAGCGCGACGGGCUGACGGAGGACCUGGCGGCGCUCAAGCAGAGGUUGGAGGAGGAGACGCGCAAGCGGGAGGACGCGGAGCACAACCUGGUGCUCUUCCGCAAGGACGUGGACGACGCCACCCUGUCCCGCCUGGAGCUAGAGCGCAAGAUUGAGUCUCUGAUGGAUGAGAUCGAGUUCCUCAAGAAGCUGCACGAGGAGGAGCUGCGAGACCUGCAGGUGAGCGUGGAGAGCCAGCAGGUGCAGCAGGUCGAGGUGGAGGCGACCGUGAAGCCCGAGCUGACGGCGGCGCUGAGGGACAUCCGAGCGCAGUACGAGAGCAUCGCAGCGAAGAACCUGCAGGAGGCAGAGGAGUGGUACAAGUCCAAGUACGCGGACCUGUCCGACGCCGCCAACCGAAACCACGAGGCCCUGCGCCAGGCCAAGCAGGAGAUGAACGAGUCCCGACGCCAGAUCCAGAGCCUGACGUGCGAGGUGGACGGGCUGCGCGGCACCAACGAGGCGCUGCUCAGACAGCUGCGGGAGCUGGAGGAGCAGUUUGCCCUGGAGGCGGGCGGGUACCAGGCGGGCGCCGCGCGCCUCGAGGAGGAGCUGCGGCAGCUAAAGGAGGAGAUGGCGCGGCACCUGCGCGAGUACCAGGAGCUCCUCAACGUCAAGAUGGCCCUGGACAUCGAGAUCGCCACCUACCGGAAGCUGCUGGAGGGCGAGGAGAGCCGGAUCUCCGUGCCAGUCCAUUCCUUUGCAUCCUUAAGUAUAAAAACGACUGUGCCUGAGGUGGAGCCUCCCCAGGACAGCCACAGCCGGAAGAUGGUUCUGAUCAAGACCAUUGAGACCCAGAAUGGGGAGGUGGUGACAGAGUCCCAGAAGGAGCAGCGCAGUGAGCUGGACAAGUCUUCUACCCACAGCUACUGAACCCGUUGGUCCAGAGCUCCCUGACCCUGCCCCAGGCCUACUCUAAGCCCGAACCCUAACACCAGUCCUGAAUUAGUCUCCUCUCCCUCUGCAUGUGUCUUGGGGAUGGCACCAGUCACCCCUUCCCUGGCCCGUGGCCAAGCCCUACCCAGCAGCUAUAGCUGGGCCUCUCCCUGCCCUGACACAUAGACAUGACUCAUAUGUUCCCCUUUUCUCGUCGUGGUAAGAGGCCACUGAUCCCUAGGACUAGUCUACUCCUGACGUGACCCCAUGAUCGUGAGUGGGCCAGGGUCUGAGUUUCACUUUUGAAUCAAAUAAAACUGCUGUCAGGAGAA